AUGGUUGAUGUAAGUAAGAAAAACCCAACUAUUAGGACAGCUGAGACUCAGUGUAUAAUGUAAAUGAAUCAAGAAGCCUAUAAUAAACUUAAAGACAAAUAACUUAGCAAAGGUGAUGCUUUAACGAUGGCUGAGAUUGCAGGCAUAAUGGGUGCGAAGAGAACUUAAGAUUUAGUAAGUCUCAGUAAGGAAAAUAAUGAAUUGACUGCUAUUUUAGAUUCCCUUGUGCCAUCAAAUUUCACUUGA